CCGCGAGGGCGCGGGGGCGUGGGUGCGCGGGCGCGGACCUCCCCCGGGGCGGCAGGAGGUAACGGGUCGCCGGGCGCGUGCGUGCGUGCGCGCGCGCGCGCGGGCCUCUCCUCGGGCGAGGGGCCCACGGGGCAGCGGGUGUGCGGGUGCGCGGACCUCCCCUCGCGCGGGCGGGGGGUUCACGGGGCGUGCGGUGGAGCGCGAGGGUCGAGGCCCCCCCCCCCCCCGCCAGCCCCUGCCGUGCGCACCUCCGCGCCAGCCAGUGGAGGGCCAGUGGGGUGGGAGGCCCUCGCGGCUGGGGUGACCCCAGGGCCAGGAGGUGUCCCCGCGCCUCGGUGGAUGCCCAGUGAGCUGCGGGACAGGGCGCCCCACAACUUGGUAGGGAGGCCCCAGUCGAGUCCUGCUCAAACCCGCGGAGGAACGACUGUUGGAAUGUUCGCACGUGGUGGCACAGAGAGUAGAUUUCUGGUCGUUUCCCCGGUGGUCGGUGCCGGGACCCUGUAGACACCUUGAGUGAGUGGUUUGGGGUUCAAAUCUCACGGUCUCCAGAAAGGGGUACCGUUAUUAUCUCCGUGGACAAUGAGGGAACUCAGGCUCAGGGACGUUUUCUGGCCCAAGGGCACCCCUCCGGUCUCGGUUACCUGAGUGGAAACGUAGGAUGCCUGACUUCAAACCCUCGUAUGAAACCGUCGGGGAGCAGACUUGGGAGUCAUUACUGUAACAUUGAUGUUCUUAAUGCUGUGCCGGUGACCGUGAGGGUGUUGUCAUCACCGGGCACUCAGUCAACUUUGCUAACAUUCACUCUGAACUUCGUGUCUGCAUUCCGAACGGUGCCCGGUGGAUGCCGGCAGUGGGUGGGCCAUCCGGGGCUGAAACCUGGUUCUGAUCCGGAGGAGCUCACAGUCCAGGGAGGCAGAAAGGGGCCAGGGUCACAGCUGUGCAUUUGUCAAGCGCCUAAGUCGGUAGAGACGGCCACCAGCCCUGGGAUCAGGAAGGUUGCCCACGUCACGCUAAGGGUUUUACAAAAGAGGCAAAGUGUUCUACUUCUAGAUUUUUUCCAUUUUUUUCCCCAUAAAUCAAAACAUCUCAAAAUGGAGGCCUAACACCUUUAAAAGGGACUUAGUCUGAUCUCCGGGAGGUAGUUUUGUGCAUGAAGAAACAAGUGUGAACUGGAGUUUUUAUUAUCCCAAAGGAUGUUAAUUUUGAACAAUACAGUCUAGUGGCAUGAGGUGUAACUAUAAAGUCUUGAUGAUCUCGUCUUUGAAUUUGACUGGUGGAUAUAAAGGGAAGUGAUUCUAGCCAGAACAGAACAGAGAGAAGGAACUUGUGUUUGGUACAGAUCUGAAAACGAGCGACAGUUAUCUAGAACAAUAUUCACCCCUCUACUAAGUUAGAGAAGCACGCAGGUGAGGCCUCUGACAGGUCAAGGGACUUCCAUGGUGACAAAGAAAUGUCCAGAACAAGACUUUGCGGUGCCCCAGGCGUAGAGUAUGGCACACUAGCAUGGACGAUUAGUAAAGGAAUGAUCUAAGCACUUAUCUGAAUGCGCAUGUGUUAAAAGUCUCAAGUUCGGCUUGUUUGAAUGGGCUGUUAUCUCUGACAAGGAUGACGGUGAGAAUGAUGGCUGGAUGGUCCAUUUUGGGAAAAGAACAGACUUAUGCAGACACAGUGACUAGCCCCGGAAGGGUUUCUGCAAUAAUGUGUAAAAUUUUUGUCCACUGCUGACGUUAGACACAAUAACUGAUCCCUGGAACAGAGCCACGUUUCUCAUAUCACCUGGAAGUAAAGAGCCAAAGUCGCAGCGGAAACCCCAACACCUGUGGGACCCAGGAAACUGUGCGCAGAAAUCACUGCUAGAGAAGCCACGGAGACCCGUUUGCAGAUUGUUGUUCAUGUUACUGACACAGAAACUUUUUACUGGUAGCUGGUCGUAAUUGAGAAACUCUGAACUUUCACAAGGUCUCUGCUUGGCCAAAGGAGGGGAUUGUGACAACGUAAAUUCAUUAUUUUCUUGUUGCGAUGAAUUCUGGCUCAAGGUAUGCUGUCUUUGGGAUUUCUGACCAAAGCCACCUUUGUACACUUCGAUUAUUCAUCUUCGUGUACAAACGCAGCCCUCUGACUUUUGACUGUUUUAAGAAACAAAUCCAUUGUCAGAAUAGAUUUGGUAGUGUCUUUCAACAGCGUGAAGCUGAGCCUAAAAAGACCAGUUGAACAAACACAUUCUUCUCUGAGGAUUUAUUUGAAAUACAGUAUUCAGUUUGCUAAGUUCUCCUGGAAUCACUAGGAUUAAGUAACCAAGCCGCUGACUAUGGGAAGUAAUUGUCGUUCAGGUAAUUUUGAAACAGGACUUAAGAUGCACCAGCCAAUUCUGUUCCCACUUCAGCUCAUUUGUAGGAAAAUUCUAGAUCGUUUUGUUUUUCCUAUUACAAAUAUUCUAGGAAGAAAAAUUACUUAAUUCGAGCACGAUUUGGGAUAGAUGGUAUUCUAUCGCAUCUAAGAUGUCACUAAUUGGAAAACACACCAUUAUUUUAUAUAGUUCCAAGAAAGAAAAGCGCUGCUGAUUAAAAUACGGUAUUUGUUAGCUGAAAGGUACCUCUUGGUAACAGAGGUGUUAAAAAGAUACAUCCUACAAUCAGUGAAAUGACCCCAAUGUACUCGUUUCUUCUGUUCAGGCAGGUCUUCCGCUUUUUCUUUUUUUCUGGCUACCAAAUUUCGUAAUUAAAAAAAAGCAAAAUAAACAUAGUUUGGAUUUUUUUCUGUGGAGCACGUGCAGGGCAUAGGUUUCCUCCCCGAAAACAGGCUGGCAGUGUGAGCCCCACGCCUGGUCUCCAGGCCAGCCGGGCACCGUGAAGCGCCCCCGCCGAGGCGCUGUCCUGCCUGCAGGGGUGCCCGGCGCCGAGUGGCAUCUUGGUGCCCUGAAGCGCUCCCCGCUGGUGCGCGGGGUUUUGACUUCCACGGCGAGGUGCCGUGUGCCAUCGUGCUCGCGCUGUGUGUGUAAAGAUUAUGGAAAAGCGCAGUUGCACACACUCUCCCCCUACCGCGUGUCAGCGUCGAGCUUAGAAUCUCACCAUGCGGAAGCCCUGAAUACACAGAGGGAAAGAAGGACAAGAGACUUCCUGUUCUGGGUGUCCGCCUCGUGAUAAAAGUAACCACCGUCCAGAGCCAUGCACAAAGCUACCUCCCCAGAGAAAGGCUGGUCCCUUUGCCACCCCGUCCGUUUCGUCAUGAACAUCGGAGCAAACAGCACAUUGUCAUCAAAGCUGCUGAAAGGCGGCACCGUGUCGGGGCUGAAAUACGACCACUCGUGUGAGCUGUACCGAAUGUCCACGUUCUCGGCCUUCCCCGCCGGCGCCCCUGUCUCGGAGCGGAGCCUGGCCCGGGCCGGGUUCUACUACACGGGCCGGAAGGACAGGGUCCGGUGCUUCUGCUGCGGCCUGACGCUGGACAACUGGAAGCAGGGGGACAGUCCCCUGGAGAAGCAUCGGAGGCUGUACCCCAGCUGCAGCUUCAUCCAGAGUCUGAAUCCGGUGAGCGCUUCGGGCGCCCCCUCUCAGCCCGCCUGUCCUUCCUCAGGGACGCGCUCCAGGCUCUCGCCGCCUCCCAGUGUGGAAAACGGGGGCUGUCCUAGCCGCUCCUGCGCCACCUUCCCGCAGAACCCUGUGACCUUCAGAGCAAACCAAGGUCUCUGUCCCCGGAGGACGAGUCCCCGCCACCGUGCGAUGGAGGCCGAGGAAGCCAGGUUGCACUCUUUCCAGGGCUGGCCCUUGACCUUCCCGCUGCCGGAGCAGCUGGCCAGAGCUGGGUUUUACUACCUGGGCCCUGGGGACAAGGUGGCCUGCUUCGCCUGCGGCGGGAGACUGAGUAACUGGGAGCCGGACGACGACGCCCUGUCAGAGCACCUGAGACACUUCCCCUUCUGCCCGUUCGCAGAAAGCCGGCUUCAGGACGCCUUGCGGUGCGCCGUGUCCAACCGGAGCAUGCAGACGCACGCGGCCCGCUCCCGAAGCUUCUGCAGCUGGCCCCCCAGCGUGCCUGUUCUCCCCGAGCAGCUGGCCCUGGCUGGCUUCUACUACAUGGGGCACAGUGAUGACGUCAAAUGCUUCUGCUGCGACGGUGGACUGCGCUGCUGGGAAUCAGGAGACGACCCGUGGGUGGAGCACGCCAAGUGGUUUCCAAGGUGUGAGUAUUUGAUACGAAUCAAAGGACACGAGUUCAUCAGUCAGAUUCAAGCCAGUCACCCCUGUCUCCUUGAACAGCAUAAGCACGUGGCCACCUGUGGGAACCAGGGCAGCGCCUACACUUGCUACCUGACUUGCUUAAGUCACACCACCCCCUCUGCUGGGCCCACCCCAGUCCCCGUGCUGUGGGUCCCCUGCAACCAGAAGAUUGGCAUGAACCUUGCUAACACCACGUUUUGCGCUUUGUGGAUCCAUCUCAUCCAACAUGCUCUUGGCCGGAGCUCAUCCAGACCAGGGCUGCAAGCCUGGCGGGGCGCAAGCAGCCCCGACAAGGGCCAGUGCCACUCCAAAUUGUUAUCUACUUCAGACAACACAGAAGAUGAGAAUGCUGAGUCACCAAUUGUUCAUUUUGGGCCUGGAGAAAGUUCCUCCGAAGAUGCCGUCAUGAUGAACACACCCGUGGUGAAAGCGGCCUUGGAGAUGGGCUUCAGUAGAAACCUGGUGAAGCAGACCAUUCAGAGCAAGAUCCUGACGAGCGGGGAGAAUUACAAAACAGUCAGUGAUAUUGUAUCAGAUUUACUUAAUGCAGAAGAUGAAAUCAGGGAAGAGGAGAAAGAAAGAGCCACUGAGGAAAAAGAAUCAGAUGAUGUGUCAUUAAUCCGGAAGAACAGAAUGGCGCUCUUUCAACAUCUGACUUCCGUACUCCCCAUCCUGGAUGGUCUCCGAACUGCCAGAGUGAUUACUGAGCAAGAACACAGUGUUAUUACACAGAAAGCACAAACAUCUCUGCAAGCAAGAUUGCUGAUUGAUGCUGUGUUAGUGAAGGGAAGUUUUGCAGUCACCGUAUUUAAAAACUGUCUCCUAGAAAUGGACCCCGUGUUAUACGAGCGUUUCUUCGUGCAACAGGACCUAAAGUAUGUUCCCACAGAAGAUGGUUCAGAUUUGCCAGUGGAAGAGCAGCUGAGGAGGCUGCAGGAGGAAAGAACCUGCAAAGUGUGCCUGGACCGAGAAGUGUCCGUGGUGUUCAUUCCCUGCGGCCACCUGGUGGUGUGCCAAGACUGCGCCCCUCCCCUCAGAAAAUGCCCCAUUUGCAGGGGCCCAAUCAAGGGCACCGUCCGGACCUUUCUGUCGUGAAGAAGAUCCAAAACUGUUUAAGCUUUAUAACUAAUGGAUUAAACGUAUUCUAUUUUUUACUUCUAUACUGAUUUGGUUUCCUGAAGAUUUUUUUUAAUCUAUUUGCAGCUGAAAACUGUUCUAUGUAAACAUACACCUAA